AAGACUCCCCCACUCACUACCAAUCACUAUAUAAAACAGUUCUCUCUUUCUCCAAAGUUCAUUCACUGAGGCAGUUUUCAAUUAUUCUAUCACAGGACAACGAUUCCUCCGUUAUCGUCACCGAUCGUCGUCAUCUAUCCUUCUUUCCCUUCACUUCUCCUGCACAGAUUUAUCUUUCAUGUCUUUACUCAUUUAAAGGGUGAAAAUGCAGUUUGUGGAGCUCAAAAGUUGAAUUAGAUGGCAGAUAACGAGGAGAAGGAGGAACCUGCUGCUCGUGGAAAUGAGUGGGAAGUUGUGUCACUUACAGCAUCAACGUAUGCUGCUGCUCCUAAUUCAGACCAAGUCAAUGUAACUGAUGAUGAGAAUGGUAAUCCUGCUGCAGAAGAUGAAGCUGCAGAAACUUCUCGAGCAUUGUUUAUGUCUGGUCACUUUGUCUUUCCGCCAAGUCAGCAUGAGAAUCUGCCAUUGGAAACUGAACGUAAUGAAAUCUGCAGUGUACAGGGGAAUGAGGAUGCUGGUUAUCAAUCAGUUGGAGAUGAAGAGAUUCAGCCCAAAACAAAGGAACAAGCAAUGAUGAAUACCAAAGGAUUGACCGUGCCAGAUGAAUUUCCAGGAAUUCAAUUUUUUGAUGAAAAGGGUAACAUACUUCCUGUUGGUGGUACAGAAUAUGAAGAAGGUACUGCAUUCCAAGGGUUGAAUUUGGUAGACAAGGAGCAGAGUCUUUAUAAUAGUGAGACAUUUAGUUCCUUCCAUAGUGAAAGGGUGAUAGGCAGAGCUGCUAAUGUGGACGAGGACACGGAAAUUACUGAAAUAGAGGAACCUUAUGACCAUGGAUUAGAUUCAGACUUAUCCAAACCAACUGAUGAAGAAUAUGAUGAAUCAGACCUUCCCUGUGGAGCUUGGUGGAAGAGGCGGGCUGCUUCUUUUUACGCCCAUGCUAAAGAGGCUAACACAUUUUGGUCAGUAUUCAUUGCUGCAGCUGUUAUGGGUCUUGUAAUACUGGGUCAGCAGUGGCAGCAAGAGCGAUGGCAAGUUUUGCAACUUAAGUGGCAAUUCAGCAUCAGCAAUGAGAGGAUGGGCAGGGUGAUGGGGUCCUUAGCUCGGUUUAAAGAUGUGAUUGUGGGUGGUCAAAGACGGGGUUCUCUUAUUAGGGCCAGCACCUCCACGGAGCAUUAAGAUGGGGAUGGCAUAGUACUGAAAUGCAGUGUUGGUGAUGACGAUGAUGAGAAGUUGUGGUAGAGAGAGAGAGAGAGAGACAGAAGUUGGAGUCUCCCGUACAAGGUGCUCUUUGGCUUCAAGUGUUACUGAUCCUGUUUCCUUGAAAACUGUAGAGUUUGUCAAUAUUUACUUAUUGUGAUGCUGCUAUGGAAUGGAUGUUUCUAUUUUUUUCUUUCUUAAAAAAAAUAUAAGCUUUGAAUGAAUAGUUGGUGGCUUGACAUUUUACUGAAGAGAAUUCCUGGCUGUGUGAUCUGAUUAGCAUUUGCUGGUAUGAAGCUUGCUUGUUUCUGGCUUUUACAGAUGUUGGCUCCUGUACAUAUAUAGCUUAUCACCUAUCAAUUAAUCAAUGGGGAUGAAAUCAAGCCAAUUAUCAA